AUGCUUCAGCUCAUGAGUAUUAAGGCGGCCGAGAAGAAACGAUGCUUGUAUGACAAUGAAACACUAGAGACCUUGAUACUCAAGGCAUGUGUUAUUCUAAAGGGACCUUAUAAAGUUUGUCUGAAGUCCCUUAAAACUCUGCAUCUUCACGCUGUGAACAUCACAGACAGAGCAUGGGUUCUUAAAUUUUUAUCUGGUUCCCCUAAUCUUGAAGAUUUGUUGAUUCUUACCGCUAGCAACUUCCACCAGCUGGUCCAUUUGGAUCUAUUUACACGUAGAGGAUUAAGGUGGGUUCUACUUACUUUCAUGAUUGAUAGUUCUCCUAAAUUACAAGUCCUCAAGCUAAUUUAU